GCACGCCGUGGGACUGGUGGAGCACACUCCCAGGCAUGUUCGGGAUUGUGUACGGAAGUGGUCAGCAGGUUGUAAGGUCAGAGGGUAAAGGCUAUCCCUCUUUCGAUUUAGAAUACACACAGCCAUCUUGGAUCUAACGAAGAGAAGGGAAAUUGAUGCGGUGACAAAAGGCAUGUUUGGUGCUAGAAAGAAAUUUGUAGAGUUCGUUGAGGUAGUCGAUAACGACUUUACUGAUGAAAGCAUGUACUACAACCAGCCGUCGAUGUUCCCACAUCGGUCGGAUAAAGAUAUGCUGUCCUCUCCCUCACCAUCGUCAUCAGGUCAGCUGUCGCAGCUUGGUGCAAGUUUGUAUGGUCCACAAAGUGCACUGGGUUUCUCGGUAAGGGGCAUGGGGAACAAUACGCCUCAGUUAAACCGAAAUCUAACACAAGGCACGCAGCUACCAAGUCAUAUCACUCCCACAACAGGAGUCCCCACCAUGUCCCUUCAUACCCCUCCAUCACCCAGCAGGGGGACAUUGCCGAUGAACUCGAGGAACAUGCUGAACCACUCUCAGGUCGGUCAAGGCAUUGGGAUGAGCGGGAGGACCAAUAGUAUGGGCAGCUCGGGGCUGGGCAGCCCCAAUCGUAGCUCACCCAGUAUCAUCUGUAUGCCCAAACAGCAGCCAGCACGCCAGCCCUUCACCAUAAACAGCAUGUCAGGAUUUGGUAUGAACCGCAAUCAGGCGUUCGGGAUGAACAACUCAUUAUCAAGCAACAUCUUCAAUGGCACAGAUGGGAGUGAAAAUGUAACGGGACUGGAUCUGUCAGACUUCCCUGCGUUAGCAGACAGGAGUCGGAGAGAUGGGACUGGAAACCCAACACCGGUGCUCAACCCAUUGGCUGGAAGGGCUCCUUAUGUUGGCAUGGUGACAAAGCCAUCAACUGAACAGACACAGGAUUUCUCCAUCCAUAAUGAGGACUUCCCUGCACUGCCUGGCCCCAACUACAAGGACCCUACGUUGAACAACGACGACAGCAAAACUAACUUGAACUCCACAAGCAAGAGCACAUCCAGUGCAGAUGGGCCCAAGUUCCCCGGAGACAAGACAGCCUCAGCACAGAACAACAACCAGAAGAAAGGGAUCCAGGUGUUGCCCGAUGGUCGGGUGACGAACAUUCCCUCAGGAAUGGUGACGGACCAAUUUGGCAUGAUUGGCCUGCUGACGUUUAUCCGGGCGGCAGAGACUGAUCCCGGGAUGGUCCAUCUGGCGUUAGGGAGUGACCUCACAACACUGGGACUCAACUUAAACUCACCAGAAAACUUGUACCCCAAAUUCGCCUCUCCUUGGGCCUCAGCACCUUGUCGACCUCAAGAUAUUGACUUCCAUGUUCCCUCUGAGUACUUAACCAAUAUCCACAUAAGGGACAAGUUGGCUGCAAUCAAACUGGCUCGAUACGGUGAAGACCUGUUGUUCUACCUGUACUACAUGAAUGGUGGAGACCUGCUACAGCUUUUGGCAGCAGUAGAGCUCUUUAACCGGGACUGGAGGUACCACAAAGAAGAGCGGGUUUGGAUAACAAGGGCGCCUGGCAUGGAGCCUACACUGAAGACGAACACCUAUGAGAGGGGCACCUACUACUUUUUUGAUUGUCUUAACUGGAGGAAAGUAGCCAAGGAAUUUCAUCUGGAGUAUGACAAGCUGGAAGAGAGGCCUCACGUGCCAACAACGUUCAACUACAAUCCAGCCCAGCAGGCCUUCUAAGGCCCGACCAGUCCAAAGGCCGCAGUCGUUCCUGCACACAACACUGUUGUCCAGGAGGGGCGCUGUGGUUCACACAGCUUGGUUUUUAUUCCUUGAGGAUUUGGCUAUUUGACUGCGGGGGUCAUCGCCACCAUCAAAACUGCCCUGCCUUUCCAAAAUUACAUGCUGCCCAAAACACCACCAACACUUGUUCUGCUUUUAUUCUUUAAGUUCCUCCUGUUUUUUUUUUUUGUUUUUUUUUUCCAUUUUUUUGUCUUGUUUCGAGCAGGGUCUGUGUUAUGUUUACGUCUCUGAAUCUGAAGCCUGUUUUCUCCCAGAAAGGAGGACUGACCUUGUGGCACAGGACAGUGACAAAACAAGGGUUACUCCUCGUAUUUACAAGUGUUAAGAACAGAAAAAAGCGGGGAAAGCAAAGUUGACUUCAUCAGAUGCAAGUGAAAGGGUGAAAGAAAUGCAAUGUUUAUUGUUGCACUAUAUUUAGUAAUAAAAGAACACAAAAUUUG